AGCACCAGUUCUACCACAAGUGGGCCAUCCUGUCGGACCCCGAGGACCUCACGGCGGGGCUCAAGGGCUACCUCAAGUGUGACAUCGCCGUGGUGGGCAAGGGGGACAACAUCAAGACCCCCCACAAGGCCAACGAGACGGACGAGGACGACAUCGAGGGGAACCUGCUGCUCCCGGACGGGGUGCCCCCGGAGCGGCAGUGGGCACGCUUCUACGUCAAGGUGUACCGGGCCGAGGGGCUGCCCAGGAUGAACACCAGCAUCAUGGCCAACGUCAAGAAGGCCCUCAUCGGGGAGAACAAGGACCUGGUGGACCCCUACGUGCAGGUGGUGUUUGCGGGGCAGAAGGGCAAGACCUCCAUCCAGAAGAGCAGCUACGAGCCCCUGUGGAACGAGCAGAUCGUGUUCACCGAGAUGUUCCCCCCCCUGUGCAAGAGGAUCAAGGUCCAGAUCCGGGACUCGGACAAGGUCAACGACGUGGCCAUCGGGACCCACUUCAUCGACCUGAGGAAGAUCUCCAACGAAGGGGACAAGGGCUUCCUGCCCACCUUUGGCCCCGCCUGGGUGAACAUGUACGGCUCCACCCGCAACUACACCCUGAUGGACGAGCACCAGGAGCUCAACGAGGGGCUGGGGGAAGGCGUCUCCUUCCGCGCCCGGCUGCUCCUGGGCCUCGCCGUGGAGAUCCUGGACACCACCAACCCCGAGAUCAACGGCUCCACCGAGGUGCAGGUGGAACAGGCCACGGCCGUGGCCGAGAACUGCACCGGGAAGAUGGAGGAAUUCUUCCUCUUCGGGGCCUUCCUGGAGGCCACCAUGAUCGACAGGAGGGUGGGGGACAAGCCCAUCAGCUUCGAGGUCACCAUAGGUAACUAUGGCAACCAGGUGGAUGGAGUGGACAAGCCCGUGCGGAGGAGGAGGAAGGAGGGAGGGGACGAGGAGGAGUCGGAGCUGCUGCAGAAUUCCAGCGAGGAGGAGGGGGAUGAGGACGGAGAGCUGGUCUCGGUCUCCUCCUCCCCACCCAUGAAGCCCCUGGUCACUGACAGGAACUACUUCCACCUGCCCUACCUGGAGCGCAAGCCCUGCGUGUACAUCAGGAGCUGGUGGCAGGACCAGCGGCGCCGCCUCUACAACUCCAACAUCAUGGACAAGAUCGCAGACAAGCUGGAGGAAGGACUCAACGACGUGCAGGAGAUGAUCAAGACGGAGAAGCCGCACCCGGAGCGGCGGCUCCGAGGGGUCCUGGAGGAGCUGAGCGGGGGCUGCCAGCGCUUCGUGGCCUUGGCUGACCGGGAGCAGCCGCACUCGUCCCGCACCCGCCUGGACAGGGAGAGGCUCCGCUCCUGCCUCCGGGAGCUGGAGGGGCUGUGGCAGCAGGCGCGGGCGCUGCGGCAGCAGGUGAAGCGGCACACGCUGCGGGACAAGCUGAAGCUGGCGCACAACUUCCUGCACAAGCUGCGCUUCCUGGCCGACGAG